GGGGUGCACUCUGUCCCCCCCUGUCCCCUGCAGUGCCCUCAGGGGUGCACUCUGUCCCCCCCUGUCCCCCCAGUAACGCCCUGGGCUGUGCCCUGCACACCCUGGAUGUGCCUGGGCUGCACCCCACGCCCCUGGGUGUGUCCCAGGACGUGCCACAUGCCCCGGGAUGCGUGUUGGGAUGAGACCCAGGAUGUGUCCUGACUCCCACAACGUGCCAGGGGCUGUGCCAUGACCCCCAGGAUGUCACCGGGCUCUGCUGCGUGCCCUGUGGUGUGUCCCAGAUUCCGUGUCCCCUUGGCUGCUCCCCUCUGGUCACCAGGGUCCUCCUGCACUGCUGGGGAGCACCAGGGCUGCUGCAUCACUGGGGCAUCCCCACGGCUCCACUGCAGAGAGGGACACGGCUCAUCCUGCCAGCAGGACACCCCGGGGUGCCAGCCAGCAGCUGGGCAGGGCCAGGACUCUGCCAGGGCCCCUGUCCUGCUGCCAGGGGAGGAUGGGCACCCCCAGAGGGCUGCAGGCACUUGCAGCCACCUUGGGACCUCUCUCUCCAGGAGCCACAUCUGCCCUGCAGCCUGAGUGAGCACGCAGGUUCAGCUCCUGUCGUGGGGACAGGUGCCACGUGAGGGUGUGACAGUCACCCUGCGGCCAGUGCCAGCCCCAGCAUCCCUCCUGUGGCUGUCAAAGGCCAGGGUUUUGUGGCCAUUAAUCAUAUCCAAGAACAGCUAAGCCACUGUGGGCACGAAAAUCUGUGCUGUUCCCAGGGUUGUUUUCCUUUUAUCAGCCCCACCCCCCCAAGCACAACAGAGCAAAUAUUUGGCAGGGCAGGCUGAAGUGCUGACCCUGGGCUGGGGACCUUGGUGGGCUCUGGAUCCUUGCAGGGGGCUGUGCUUUCCUGCACAAUAGGAAAUUUCUCCAGCAGUUUUCUUGGUGCCCAUGGUUCCAUUUGAGAGAUGGAGGAUCUGGUGGCUUUCCCAUGGAGCAGAGCCCCUGCCAUGGCAGCCAGCCCUCACUUUGCCCAGGAGCCAUCAGCAGCACCCAGCAAGGAGGGCAUUCCAGAGAGCUCCAGCCCCACUGCUGCCAGCAGGAAGCAGAGGAGGAAGAAGAAGCACAGAAAUGCCAUUAUCUUGUGUUCCCUCUGUCCAAAGGAGCUACUAAAGGGCAGGUUGACACGGACAGUCCUGGGAACAGGACCUGGGAGCCCUGGCUGCCCAGGCAUCGCUGGGCCCUUGCCCUGGGCACUGCAACCCCAAUGCCACGAGCUGAGGUGUGAUAGGAGCAGCCACAUCAGCUGAUGGAGAUUGUGGCUAUAAAACACCUGCUGGCCCCGUGGCAGAGCCACAUCGAGCCCACCAUGGCCAAGGUGCUGCCUGCCUGCCUGCUCGUGGCCCUGCUGCUCCUGGCCCCAGCCCUGCCAGCGCAGCAGGAGCGAGGGCUUGUCUUGAACCUGGACAUCGGGGAGCUGUGCCUGCAGAGUGCCCAGUGCAAGAGCGGCUGCUGCCACCGCGUCAACGGCCUCAGCCUGGCCCGCUGCGCUCCCCGGGCAGCUGAGACCCAGGAGUGCUCUCCCAAGAGCAUCUAUGGGGUGUACUACAAGUGUCCCUGCGAGAGCGGCUUGACCUGUGACGCCGAUAAAACCAUCGUGGGCUCCAUCACCAACAAGGACUUCGGGGUCUGCAAGGACCCCCACGAGGCCAGGAGGCGGUGAAGAAAGAGCCCCGCUGUGCCCCUCUAUGCUGCCCCUGCCUUUCCCCCUCUCCAGGGAUUCCUGGCUCUAGCUGUGGGAGAAUUUGAAUAAACCCCAGCUUCUGCAGAGCUGCAAGGUGGUGUUUUCACUCAAGGCAGGUCCCUGGCCCAGGACAGGGACAGCAGGGUCAGAUGUCCCUGAAGAAGCCACCUGGACACGAUGCUUUACCUGUGUGUGUGCAGUCAUACAGCAAGCUGGGCUAGGCCAGCAGCAAGGCGUGGGCUGAGCUCUGCUCCAGGGGAGUUUGAAAAAGGAGGUGCAGGGAAGGGGAGGAUGCAGCAGCCCCAGGAUCUGAGGCAGCUGUUGGGCUGGGCUUGCCUCCGUUUGUUUCCUGCUGUGGCACACAGCAGGGCGAGGAAGAGGAGGCACCUGUCUGGCAGAGCUGUGGAAGCAGCAGCAGAUGAGGGCAUCAUCAAGAAGGGAGUUCUUGGCUGGGGAUGGCAAGAACCAGGCACUCACAGCUCCACUCCCCACUGCCCCGAGGGCUCUGCACCAGAUGGGGAGGCCACAAAGGCUGGGGGCACCCCCUGGCAGCUGGGGAGGGGCUGCAGGAAACUUUAUUUUCAGGACAAGGGGGACAGGCAGCUUGAGGAUCUGCACCUGCAGAAACACCAGGGACUCAUCUGGGAGGGUGGCACAGCUUGGGGGAAGGGGAACAUGGGGGGCAACAUGGGGACCUGCUGGCCCCUGCCAGUCUGGCUCAGAGGGGCUGCAAGAGGAGAAAAUUCUGAGCUGGAUUUUAAACUUGUGGCAGGUGGUUAAAAUCUGGAGGGUCUUGUUCUCACUGUUGUGGUGGUCCUGGCAGGAGGCCACCAGAUCAAUGUCCUCACUGGUGCAGGAUGAGGUGGGGGUAAGGGGUGGCUGGGGACAGGGAUGGGCUGCUGCAGCCCCAGGCACAGCGAGGCGAGGGCACACAGGACACGGGGUCUGUGCCUGGACCCCCCAUCUGUGCGGGGUCCCCAGCCCCACACGCUGCCCCACAGCACCCCGGAGAGGCUGGCAUUUCCUGGGACACGCACCGGGGACCCGGGGAGCCCUGCCUGCCCAGGGCCGGCCCCGGCUGCAGCUUUGUGCUCUUGGCAGGGGCAGGAUGCGAGCAGCGCCCAGCCCCGGCAGAGGGCAGCGACCCCGGCCCGGCAGCGACCCCGGCCCGGCAGCGACCCCCAGCCCAGGGCAGCGCAGCCUGGGGGUCCCCGAAAUGCCCCCAGCCCUGCCGCCCCUCGAAUCCUGCAGUGGGGGUCCCUGAAAUGCCCCCAGCCCUGCCACCCCUCGAGUCCUGCAGUGGGGGUCCCCAAAAUGCCCCCAGCCCUGUCACCCCUCGAGUCCUGCAGUGGGGGUCCCCAAAAUGCCCCCAGCCCUGUCACCCCUCGAGUCCUGCAGUGGGGGUCCCCUGGAAGGAGGAGCAGGGAUGUUUGGGGCAAGCAGGGCUAAACUCUGGGGUGCUCGAUGGGGGUUUUGUGGUGUCCCCGUUUUUGUGCUGUCCCUACGCUGGCAGAAGGACGAAGGGGGCACCAGAGGGGUGGGAAGAAGGGGGGCUGUGCUGAGGUGGGGGUCGCAUAAACCCCCCCUCGCCCCGCCCCAUCUCAGCCCUAUAUUUACUGGUGAAGCCGCAGCUUUGUUUUGGCAGCUCUCGGCUGGUAAAUAUUGGCUUAAACAGAAAACCAGACGCCUGACUCACGGCGUCUUAACAAACACAGGAAGGGGCCCCUGGCGCGUGUGGGGCGCUGGCAGCCCUGGGGACAGGGGGACCCCCGGCAGGGUGGGGACAGGGGGACCCCAGGCAGGGUGGGGACAGGGGGACCCCCGGCAGGAUGGGGACAGGAGGACCCCCGGCAGGGUGGGGACAGGGGGACCCCCGGCAGGGUGGGGACAGGGGGACCCCCGGAAGGGUGAGGACACCUCAGGGCAGAGUGGGGCACCCUUGAGCAGGGCUUUGCUGCAGCGAGGGUCCCCUGUGGGGAGACCUGGGGGACAGGGGAAGGAGGGGUACAAUCAUUGGGGCGCCCCUUCCUCCUCCCCUGCCCUAAAGCAGUGGGGAAUGUGAGACCGAAGGGACCCAGGGCAGCCCAAGACCCUCCCCAGGCUCACCCCAUCAGCAGGAUUGCCCCCCCCCAAUGUGCAAACCCAUCCCCUCGGGGUCACCCAAGGGGUGCCCCACUUCCCAGGGAGGUGUGUGGCACUUCCCCCCUCCCCAGAGCCCCCCCGGCCGCUGUUACCCGAGGGUACAGGAUGUUCUCACCCAGCCCAGCUCCCCAACC